GUUAUUAUGUAUGCUUAGUGCUUACGUUUACGUACUUAGUAGUUGGUUCAGAUGCCGCACGAAUGACCUCUAAUAUAGUCAAUGUGCGGUGGGUGGUCAGUCGUGUCGCCGUCACAUCGUCUUCGUCUGGAUGAACCCGUCGUUUUAAUCACUUUCGAGUUCGACAUUGCUUCCGUGUAGUAUAAUAUUGGCUAUUGAGUUACCACUGCACAAUUGUCCGUGUGCCGGACUUUUGCAGACAAUAUGUUCUCCUCUGACGGACGACCGGAGAUGGUCUCUGGCCAACGAUGGGAGGCGCGCGCCAGGGUCGAUUUUCCGUUACACUACCUGAUAUGGUUGCGUGAGCACAAACUGUUGGAGGAGAAGCUAGAUGCAACCGGUUCCGAUCAACAGCCCACCGCUAAGAAUCAACUAGAAAAACUAGACCCUAGAGGUCGCACUCCUUUGAUGUUAGCCAUAACAUUAGGUGACAAAGAAUCAACUAGAAUAUUAAUAACCAGAGGAGCUAAUGUCAAUGUAAAGAAUGAUGAAGGAUGGACUGCAUUACAAGAAGCAAUUGCUACAGGUGAUCCAGAAAUGGUUAAGCUUGUUAUGGAACACAGAGACUAUCAACGUCAUUCAGAUCGAGCCACUGAUGUUUCAAAACUGUUAAAACUACUUGAAGAAUCGCCUGAUUUUUAUGUAGAAAUGAAGUGGGAAUUCAUUAGUUGGGUUCCAUUAGUAUCAAGAAUGUGUCCAAGUGAUACCUAUAAAAUAUUUAAACAGGGAUCUAAUGUGCGAAUUGAUACAACAUUAUUAGGUUUUGAUCAGGGUAAUUGGGAACGCGGAAAUUUGAGUUACAUAUUUUUGGGACAAAGUAAAUCAGCUACAUUUUUAGAAGUAGAUCAUGAAGCACACAGGGUUUAUGUAGAAGAAAUACAAAUGAUACCUUUAGAUCAAGGUAUUGAAGUGAUGCGUCCAUCAGAUGAUACAAUAGCCAGCAGAUUGUCUGCUCCUAUUGUUAGUUUUGAUAUAGAUACUAAAAAAAUUAGUUUUGAAAGGAAUAAAAGUGGUAUUUGGGGUUGGCGGCAAGAUAAAUCAGAAAUAAUUAAUGAUUAUAAUUGUAAAGUAUUUAGUGCAAGUAAUGUGGAAUUUGUUACCAAAUCAAGAACAGAGCAUAUGAAUGAAACUGAAAAAGCAAAAUUAAAUAAUACAAAAAAUCCCAUCCAAUCAAUUUUAGGCUCAAGUGAAGAAACAUGUCCAGUCAAAUCAGAUCUUGAAGUUACUAUGGCUGAAUAUUUUGACGAAUUGGUUGAUAUCAAAGGUAGAUAUAUACGGAAGCCAAUUGAGCAAACUACAAAAGUCACAAAAAUCAAGGCUAAUUUAUGGCUUAGUGAAGAUUACCCAUUGAGUUUGAAAGAACAGAUCAUGCCAAUUGUUGAUUUAAUGGCAAUUACUAGUUCUCAUUUUGCCAAACUAAAGGAUUUCAUUGAAAUGCAGCUCCCAUCAGGAUUUCCUGUUAAAAUUGAAAUACCACUAUACCAUAUUUCUAAUGCCCAAAUUACAUUUGGUAACUUAUUUGGGACCGAUAGAGCUGUAGAAGGUGUUCAAACAUUAGACUCUGACGGAAAAAUGUUCUGUGUAGUUGAAGAUUCUGUAUUUUUCCCUCCCAGAAAUUAUGUGGUGCUUGGUGCUGAACAAAGACGUCAAAUUGGUAUGGAUAAUGAUGAAGAACUACUUCAAUUUGCUGUUCGACAGAGUCUUUUAGAAACUGGAGCUGAAGAAGAUCAAGUUGAUAUUUGGGAAGCUUUACAAGUUCAACGACCAAAUACUCCCAAUGACCUUUAUUUCGAUCCAGGCGAUGAAGAAUUACAAAGAGCAAUCCAUGCAAGUUUGACUGAAUGUACAUUUGUGCCUCCGGUUUCACAAUCAGAAGCUUCAGAUUUAGUUGACAAUGCAACAGCUGAUGAUGCAGAUGCUGAUCUUAAAGCAGUACUGAGGUUGUCUAUUGAAGAAAAAAGACAGGCUGAACUACAGGCACAAAUGGAAGAAGAAAUGUUAGAA